AUAUUCAGCCUCCUCAUGAUAAAUCUUGCGCUUUGGAGGGAGCCUGCAGUGCCCUUGGGACGUAGGGCUCUGCGUUCCCGGUCGCGAGCGUACUUAUCAAGUAAGAACAACAGCCCCGAAACGCAGUCAGACAUGAUCUCACCUGAUUGCAUGCUACUAUCCAUUUUCACCAUGACAGCCAGCAACCACAUUAUGACGUGGGGCGGGACUGUCGGAAUACCAUUCGCCCAUUGUUCAUCUCUCAGCAUGAUGUGAUGAGCCUCAAGCCCCACCCACUAGGGUGUUGAAGGGAAGAGAGCGCCGACAAUAGCCCGCCCCAGGCGUUCGUCCUCGAGUCUCCAUAGCUGACUAUCUAGAAACGCAUUGUACAAUACAGAUAACACUGCUUUGCUCAUUGUAACCCACCGACAUGUAUCCACUCCCCCAUCAAGCCCUCUUCUUCGUCUCUCCCUCAGGCACCCCAAUCCCCAGUAGAUACCCCGUCCGAAUCAACACCGGCAGCACAUUCAAGCUAUUCGUGACCCCAUCUUUCCCACCCCAUCCCUCAGGCCCAAAAAUCUUAUACCCCAUCUCACACCACGCGGCAUAGCAAUGCCCCAAAUCGCACAGCAACAGCCCAAACAAGAUCCACCGCCACGUCCUCUUAUCAUCCACAACCCGCAACAGCACCCCCUCUGUGAACGCAAAGAAAAGGUACGCCGACGCCA